AUGGGAGAUACCAUGGAUUCCGGGCACACGACACAAGACGUCGUAGUCUUCCUUCGCAUCAGCUACCCGAUCAUCCUCUUGAUCACCUUUAUAGUGGCCUUCAUUACAAACUCGAUUAUCACGGCAAAGAAGGCUACUCAAAAUGACAGGAAGCAACAGAUGGGUCCUGGCGGGAGACCGCUCCCCAAGCGUGCGCGAAGUACGAUGGCCGUAGCGAAGAGUCGCAGGUUAUCCCGGGGCACCAGUCUCCUCUUUAGGUGGUUGACCGUUGGCGUAUUGGCCACUCUCGUCGCAGAUGCCGCCAUCAACAUGACCCAUGUCUUGUUUGCGAGAUCUCAGCAUUGGUGGUGUGGUCAGUCGGUUGUGAUCUACAUCGUGGGGUCCUUUUUCGUCCAUGCGAUUCUUCUCGUUUCCAUGUUGGAUACGAACCCUUCGCCAAAUGCCUCGCACUUCGUCCCAUGGUUGGUGGCCAUACCCUUCGAAUUGGCCAUCUUAGGAGGGUCACUUUCUAUCUACGCCAAUAUUCACCGCGAGCCAGUGGUAGGUAACCCAGUCGGUGGCCCUUUACGCAAGAGCAUCACCAUGUGGGAAUCGUUGGAAGUAGCUUCAAACUCGGUCAGAGUCCUCUUUCUCGCCAUUCUCGUCUCGGUGUACAUUGCCCAUUUGAUUCGCGUGAAUUCCAUUGGACGCAAGGCGGCGAAUCAGGCAAACGGAAUUUCAGAAUCUACAGGAUUGCUCGACGGUUCCAAUGCGGAAACAGGGACGGCCAACGGACAAGCGUACGGCUCAACCAAUCACGAGGACUCCAAACCGACAGAUGCGUGGGUUCGUCCAACGACUAUUCCGUCCACCAGCUGGUGGGAAUAUCUCAGUGGAUACUCGCUCUUCUUCCCCUACCUCUGGCCAUCCAAGUCUCGCCGUCUGCAGAUUAUCGUGGUCGCCUGUUUUGGUUUGAUCGUCCUGCAGCGCAUCGUGAAUGUUUUGGUGCCCUAUCAAGUAGGGGUUAUUACCGACGCUUUGUCUGAGGAAGAUGGCGGCGGGUUCCGAGUGCCCUGGUUUGAGAUUUGUAUGUAUAUCCUGUACCGCUGGCUGCAGGGUAACCAGGGCCUAAUUGGGUCUCUGCGCUCCUUCCUGUGGAUCCCAGUGAGUCAGUACUCAUAUAUGGAGCUUUCAACUGCCGCCUUCGAGCAUGUCCAUGGGCUCAGUCUUGAAUUUCACCUUGGAAAAAAGACCGGUGAAGUGCUAUCCGCUCUGAGCAAGGGCAGCUCCAUUAACACUUUCCUGGAGCAAGUGACGUUCCAGGUGGUUCCUAUGCUAAUUGACCUUGGGGUUGCCAUUGGCUAUUUCCUUGUUGCAUUCGAUGCAUACUACGCCUUGGCUGUCGGUAUCUCCACGUUCACCUACCUGUACGUGACCGUUCGCAUGGCACAAUGGAGAGCGGGUAUCCGAAGGCAGAUGGUCAAUUACUCGAGGCAGGAAGAUGCAGUGAAGAACGAUUCGAUGGUCUCGUAUGAGACUGUCAAAUAUUUCAACGCGGAGGACUAUGAAUUUGGCAGAUAUAGAAACGCGGUCAACGACUUUCAGAAGUCCGAGUAUCAUGUUUUGCUCUCUCUGACGUUCAUGAAUACUUGCCAAAACACCGUGUUCAUGUUAGGCCUCUUGAUAACGUGCUUUGUUGCGGCGUUUCAAGUCUCGACUGGCCAGCGUCCGGUCGGCCAGUUUGUGUCUCUUUUGACCUACAUGGCACAGCUCCAAGGCCCAUUGAACUUCUUUGGCACCUUCUACCGUUCCAUUCAAUCCUCCAUGAUCAACUCUGAGCGGAUGCUGGAGCUCUUCCGUGAGCAGCCGACAGUUGUUGAUAAACCCAAUGCCAACCCUCUACCAAGUUGCAAUGGUGACAUCACCUUUGACAAUGUGGAGUUCUCAUACGACAGCCGAAAGCCAGCUUUGAAUGGCCUGACCUUUAACUGCGAGCCUGGGACGACUACCGCAUUGGUUGGCGAAUCUGGAGGAGGAAAGUCGACCGUUUUCCGCCUACUUUUCCGCUUCUACAACACUGAAAGAGGACGGAUCCUCAUUGAUGGAAAUGAUGUGGAAGAUGUCACGAUCGAUUCAUUGCGACAGCAUAUUGGCGUUGUACCGCAGGAUACGGUUCUUUUCAACGAAUCGCUCAUGUAUAACCUGAAGUACGCCAAUCAGGAUGCCACGGAUGAAGAUGUUUAUGAGGCCUGCCGGGCAGCUAGUAUCCAUGACAAGAUUCUAAGCUUCCCCGAUGGUUACCAGACCAAGGUGGGUGAACGGGGAUUGCGUCUCAGUGGAGGCGAAAAGCAACGGGUUGCAAUUGCCCGUACCAUCCUCAAGAACCCUCGCAUCAUCUUGCUGGACGAAGCAACUGCUGCGCUCGAUACCGACACAGAAGAGCACAUCCAACAGGCCCUAUCCACCCUCUCCCAUGGCCGCACAGUGCUCGUGAUCGCUCACCGACUGAGCACGAUCACGAGGGCGGACCAGAUUGUCGUUUUGCACGAAGGCAAAGUUUCCGAGAGCGGCUCACAUGAUGAGCUGCUGGCCCUGAAAGGCCGAUAUUCCAGCAUGUGGCGCAAGCAGAUUCGAGCGCAAAGGGCGGCCGCAGAGGCCCAAGUCCUUCAAGACCGUGCUCAAGGAGAUGAUAGCUCCAGCCAAUCCGACGAAGACCGGAAUGGUCAUGACCACGGUACCGCUGCUCCGUCGAAUAUGCCAGGUCACGGGCAUUGA